UUGUGCUAAGAGAAAUUUUCAGUUCGAAAAAAAUUUAAUUUUAAUAAUCCGCAAAUAAUUUUCGCAGCGAAAUCCGUUAAAAACUCCGACGCCAAUGCAACUUAUCAGUAAUUGUAUCGAUGUACCUUGUUUGUGAUAAAUUUUAAGAGUAUUUUUUUUUUUUUUUUGCCUAACAUAAAAUAUUCAAAACUCGUGGCAUAUAACUCAACAGAUAUACAUGAGACUACCGAAACUAUAUGAUGGAAAGGAUUAUGUAGAACUGCAGUAAAUGGAAAAUGACCCCAAAACGGCAACUGAUGUUAUUACUGCUAUCACUGCUGCUGGUACAAAAACAAAUAGCCCGACAACACACAAGCUGAGCAACAACAAUAGGAACAACACGCAACCAACGGAAUGAAAAUAUGAAUUUCUACAAAUGUAAUAAAAUCCAAUAAUAAAAUAUACACACACAUAUAUUUAUAGCUACACAUGUGUGGGUGCGCGCCAAUGUGUGCCAUAAAGGAAUUGUGCUCGUAAACAGCGAAUUAAAGUGAAAACUGGGCRUAGAAACGCGUUGCAAACGAAAAGUGUAGCAUAACUUCAGGCGCAUAAAUGAAUUACCGUGAAAUYAACGCGCGCAGCAGAUAAGCGUAUUAGUGUGUAAAGGUGAUGAAAAAAUAAGUGGGGUAACGGUGUACGCGCAGUAUUGCUUAGUGGCGAGAGUGAGAAGUACGGGCGGAGACUGUGGACCACCCAUGAGGCGGUAAUCAACUUUCCGUGAAAUAUACCGGCGGCCAACCACGAGUGUACAAAAACAAUAAGUUAGCAUUAUCAACAACAACAAAACCGAAAGUAAGCAGUCAAAGUUAAAACAACAACAACAGCAGCAUCAGCAACAUGAAGGGCUUAGCAGCAUUUAAGGAGAAAGCAACGGGCGCUUUCAGUGGCAUCAAACCGAAUGUUGAAAAAUUUGAGAUCUCCAAAAACUAUCAUGGCGGCUAUGGCGGUUACGAGGAAAUGGAGGACGGCGAUAAGAUUGGUGACGGACCUGGAGGCGGCAUACCAUAUGACGAUGAUAGACCCGAUUCGCCAGCCUCUUUCGAGGAGAUCGAACGCCCGCCAUUACGUAAAAUCGACAAGUACUGCAAAGCCGAGUGUCCCUGCUUGCCGGCGCGUUACACGAUUGCCGUGAUGGCUUGUGUGGGUUUUAUGAUAUCAUUUGGCAUGCGUUGCAAUAUGUCGGCGGCAAAGCUGAAAGGAGAACAAAAUCAUACAAAAUUCAUGAAUUGGAGCGUCGCUGUGGAGAGUCAUGUGGAUUCAUCAUUCUUCUGGGGCUAUUUGAUCACACAAAUACCGGGUGGUUUCAUAGCAUCGAGAUUUCCGGCUAAUAAAAUCUUCGGCUUAUCAAUUGUAUGCUCGGCAACAUUGCAUCUGUUGGUGCCAGUGGUGAUGGCCGUGUGUCAUGGUUAUGUAUUGAUAGGUGUACGUGUAACGCAAGGUCUAUUUGAGGGCGUCACCUAUCCGGCUUGUCAUGGUAUCUGGCGAUUUUGGGCGCCACCCAUGGAGCGUUCACGUCUGGCCACAUUAGCAUUCAGCGGCUCAUAUGCGGGCGUUGUGGUGGGUCUGCCAUUGUCCGGUCUGCUCGCCGACGCGAUUGGCUAUCAGGCGCCCUUCUAUGCUUACGGCAUGUUCGGCAUAACAUGGUACCUCUUUUGGUUGUGGCUCUGCUUUGAGAAUCCCCGCAAACAUCCUGCCAUCAGCAUACCGGAAUUGAAGUAUAUCGAGAAAUCGCUGGGUGAGACCUCKAUGCAGCCSUCRAUGCCGUCGUUGAGYACCACACCGUGGCGUGAGAUGGUGCGCUCCAUGCCCGUCUACGCGAUUAUUGUGGCGAACUUCUGUCGUUCAUGGAACUUUUAUCUGCUCGUGCUCUUCCAGUCGUCCUUCCUCAAGCAUAAGUUCGGUUUUAAGGUGGAGGAGGCCGGUUUCAUCGGUUCGCUGCCACAUUUAAUUAUGACCACGAUUGUGCCAUUCGGUGGCAUGUUGGCUGAUCAUCUGCGUAAGAAUGGCAUUAUGUCAACCACGAAUGUGCGCAAACUGUUCAACUGUGGCGGUUUCGGCAUGGAGGGUUUGUUCUUUCUCUUCGUCGCGCACUCCGAUACGGCUACCGGCGCCAUGUUUGCUCUAACUUGCGGUGUUGCCUUCAGUGGGUUCGCCAUUUCCGGCUAUAAUGUAAAUCAUUUGGAUAUUGCUCCACGUUAUGCCAGUAUUUUGAUGGGUCUCUCGAACGGUAUCGGUACUUUGGCUGGCAUAAUUGUGCCCUACGCGUUGGAUGGCUUGAUCCGUAAACAUCCCCACGACUGUUGGACCACCGUCUUCACACUUGCCGCAUGCGUUCAUUUAAUCGGCUGUACCUUCUAUGGCAUCUUCGCUUCCGGCGAACUUCAACCCUGGGCCGAGCCACCACACGAAGAGAAACAGGUGUGGGCGCCACCAAUGGGCGCUAUUGCUGAAGAUCCCAGCCAAGGCGGUUACACCAAGGAGACUUCCUUUGGCGUCACACCGCAAUACACCGAACAGAGUCAAAUGCAACAACCGAAUGCCAUCAAUUAUGGUGCGACCGGUCACGUGGCCAAUAAUCCCUUCGCAGCCAUGUCGGGUGGCACUAUACCCGAGGAGAGCGCUAUGCCCGAGCAGACAGCUGAUGCCAGCGCAUAUGGGGCUUAUGACUAYACGCAGCAACAACAACAACCACAAAUGCCAAGCUAUGAUCCACAGUACCCGCAACAUUUGUCAUACCCACAACAAGCACAGCAACCAAAUUAUCAACAACCCUAUCAAACACAGUAGGCUGAGCGAGCGCGGUUGGCAAGUGAAAAUAAAAAUUAGUAGA